GUUGUUGUGAAGUCUCAUUUUUUGCGCGCUCCGUGCGUUUCUGACUGUUUCGCUUGUAACCUGAAAUAAUUCGCACAGACUCGUGAAUCCUGGAAGUUAACGUCCAGGUAUUCUCAACGUUGUUGUCAGACACGCAGUUGUAGUCUUGUGCUGAAAUUACAGGCGAAGUUGUUUUGCUUCAUAACCUGCCAAUAUGGAGCAGAACAACAGUCUAACCCCUUUCACUCAAGGGCUGGCAUCUCCACAGGGAGCCAUGACGCCUGUCCUGCCCAUUUUUAGUCCUAUGAUGCCGUACGGCACAGGCCUCACACCACAACCAGUGCAGAACACCAACAGCUUAUCACUCCUGGAGGAGCAGCAAAGACAGCAGCAGCAGCAGCAGCAGCAACAACAGGCAGCCGCACAACAGCAGGGUGGGAUGGUAGGGGGUUCAGGCCAGACACCCCAGCUAUACCACUCACAGAAUGUCUCCACAACAACUGCACUUCCAGGCAACACCCCUCUCUACAACACCCCUCUCACGCCCAUGACCCCGAUUACUCCGGCCACACCAGCCUCAGAAAGUUCGGGAAUCGUACCCCAAUUACAGAAUAUCGUGUCCACUGUAAACUUGGGUUGCAAACUUGAUUUGAAGACGAUAGCACUUCGAGCCAGAAAUGCUGAAUAUAAUCCAAAGCGUUUUGCUGCUGUCAUCAUGAGAAUACGAGAACCCAGAACAACAGCUCUCAUCUUUAGCUCGGGAAAGAUGGUGUGCACAGGAGCUAAAAGUGAGGAGCAGUCCCGAUUGGCAGCCAGAAAAUAUGCUAGAGUGGUGCAGAAGUUGGGUUUCCCUGCAAAAUUCUUAGACUUCAAAAUUCAGAACAUGGUCGGUAGCUGCGAUGUCAAGUUUCCUAUCCGAUUAGAAGGUCUGGUGCUUACACAUCAGCAGUUUAGCAGCUAUGAACCGGAGUUAUUUCCAGGAUUAAUCUACAGAAUGAUCAAACCCAGAAUUGUCCUUUUAAUAUUUGUUUCCGGCAAAGUCGUACUCACAGGUGCAAAGGUAAGAGGGGAAAUCUAUGAAGCAUUUGAGAAUAUAUACCCCAUUUUAAAAGGAUUCAGGAAGACGACGUAAUCCCUGUGCAGUCUGCCAUUCUGUUUUCACUGGUGAAUUACUGCGCUUACCAGAAUGUCUGGGUUGGCCUACGCAGUUUCAUUUUGUAAUUCUGUAAAUAUGAAGGACUCGCUCAGAAGGUGAACAGGUGUGAGGACAAAUGCUUUUAUUUGACCUUUUAAAUGUUUUCCACCUGCUACUUGGUUUUCAAAAUACCGUUUUAUCCAUGUCUGAACAUUUUUUAUAGUUUGGAUUUUGUUUUUAUGAUGUUAAAAUGUUCAUUUAUUAAUACUUUUUACACAUUCCCUGUACGAGCAGGUUUUAUGUAUUCGUUGUAUUACUGACUGUCAGUGUUGAAUUCGCUGGUGAGAGGAAUUAGUCUGGGCAAGUGAUGCCCUUAUUGUCCAGUGCAGGAUAUUUUUUUAUUUGGAGGCAUGCAUUUGGAUUUCUCUUAAAAGAUUAACAAACCACAGUUAAUUCUGUUGGAACAAGUCCUACAGAUGAAGCAUUUAACAUUUUUGUUAAAGUUUUCAGUAGGAUAUGUAACGACUGAAGUAACAAUUCUCAUUUCAUUGUAUAAUAUACUGUAGGUAUUUUUCCCACCCCCAAGUAAAGCACUGAUAAUUUAAUCUUGCUGUAUCCAAUUUAUUGCAUUACAUUUAAUGCAAAUAAAUAUUUCUUAACUGG